CCUCUCCUCGAGUUCGCAAUCCGAUUUAGGGCAGGCGAGAACUGGCUCCUCCGUCCCCGAGCUCGGCCUCCGUCGCCUCCUCCUCCUCCUCCUCCUCCGCCGAUCGAUCGCCGGCCGCCUCGCCGGCUCGCCGUCUCGCAAGGCUAUAGAUUGAAUAAACUGGAGAAAAGCUUGUUAAAUCCGCAUAGUUCUCUCUAUUGACUGUCAAGAGAAGAAACGGCUGCUUUUCUGCAAGGAAUGAUUUUUCACUGAUACUUUUGACAUAUAUCCAAUGUCAGGGUUGAUAAAUUCUUCUCUCAACAACUCAACAUCGAAUCUACCAGACGGCACUGGACGAUCUUUUGCAACAUCCUUCUCUGGUCAGUCCGGUGCUGCUUCCCCCGUUUUUCAUCAUAGUGGAACUAUUCAAGGGUUGCAUAACAUGCAUGGGGGCUUUAAUGUUCCCAAUAUGGCGGCCACAAUUCCAUCAAGAAGCUCCACAAUAAAUAAUCUACAGUCCGGCGGCAUCCAACAACCAGCUGGAAACCUUUCUGGUGGCCGAUUUGCAUCAAAUAAUCUUCCUGUCGCACUCUCUCAGCUAUCUCAUGGAAGUUCUCAUGGACAUUCAGGAGUCACAAAUAGAGGGGGUCUCAACGUUGUAGGAAACCCCGGAUUUAGCAGUAAUGCGAAUGGAGUUGGAGGCUCCAUCCCUGGUAUCCUGCCUACGUCUGCAACAAUUGGAAAUCGGAAUGGCGUUCCUGGACUGGGGGUGUCCCCAAUUUUGGGAAAUGCAAGUUCUCGCAUUUCAAGCUCUAUCGGUAACAUGGUUGGAGGUGGCAGCAUUGGGAAGAAUUUAAAUGCUGCUGGAGGAGUAUCUGUGUCUGGUCUUGCAUCUCGUCUAAAUUUGAGUUCUAAUGCUGGAUCUGGAAAUUUGGGUGUACAGGGCCAGAAUAGAUUAUUGGGCGGUGUACUUUCCCAGGGAUCUCCUCAGGUUUUUUCAAUGUUAAGCGGUUCUUAUCCUUCGGCAGCAAAUCCUCUUUCACAAAGUCAUGUGCAGCAAGUGAAUAAUCUUAGCUCUAUGGGAAUGUUGAAUGAGUUGAACUCAAGUGACAGUACCCCUUUCGACAUAAACUUAGAUUUUCCUCAGCUGACCAGUCGUCCUAGUUCUGCUGGAGGGCCUCAAGGGCAAAUAGGUUCUCUUCGGAAACAAAAUCUUAGCCCAAUUGUUCAACAGAAUCAAGAAUUCAGCAUCCAGAACGAGGAUUUUCCUGCCUUACCAGGAUUUAAAGGUGGUAAUUCAGAUUAUUCUAUUGACUUGCACCAGAAGGAGCAACUUCAUGACAAUGCUAUGUCAAUGAUGCAAUCCCAGCAUUUCUCGAUGGGAAGGUCUGCUGGAUUUAUUGGGGGAGCAUACUCAUCUCAUCGACCUCAGCAGCAGCAGCAACAACAGCAACCUGUGCCUUCAGUCACUGGUGGUGGGGUUUCCUUUUCACCCGGGAACAAUCAGGAUCUUCUACACUUGCAAGGAUCAGAUAUAUUUCCAUCUUCCCAUUCAACAUAUCACUCUCAGGGCUUUCAAACAAGUGGACCUCCUCCUGGGGUUGGGCUUAGACCUCUAAAUUCACCAAGUGCUAUAUCUGGAAUGGGUUCAUAUGACCAGCUUGUCCAGCAAUAUCAGCAGCAGCAGAACCAAUCUCAAUUUCGCUUGCAGCAGAUGUCUGCAGUUAAUCAGUCAUUUAGGGAGCAGGGUUUGAGACCUAUGCAAACAUCACAGUCUACUCCUGAUCCAUAUGGGUUGCUGGGCUUGCUAAGUGUUAUAAGGACAAGUGAUCCUGAUCUGGCAUCUCUAGCACUUGGCAUUGAUUUGACCACACUCGGGCUAAAUUUGAAUUCUUCUGAGGAUCUUCACAAGACUUUUGGUUCCCCAUGGUCCGAUGAGCCAGCAAAGGGUGACCCAGAGUUUAGUGUUCCACAAUGUUAUUAUUCUAAACAGCCCCCAACUUUACAUCAAGGUUAUUUUGCGAAGUUCUCUGUGGAGACAUUAUUUUACAUAUUUUACAGCAUGCCUAAAGAUGAAGCCCAAUUAUAUGCUGCAAAUGAACUUUACAACAGAGGUUGGGUUCAUCACAAAGAGCUUCGGAUGUGGUUUUUGAGGGCCCCUAACAUGGAACCACUGAAGACACCAUUGUAUGAGAGAGGAUCUUAUCACUGUUUCGAUCCUAACUCAUUCGAGAUAAUUCGCAAGGAUAAUAUGAUGCUUCAAUUCGAGAUGCUGGAAAAGAGACCAGCCCUACCUCAGCACUAACCAGUCAUCAAACCAACUGAUGUAAAUCACGCGUCAAUUUUCCUUUUUUGUCUGAACAUGCAUUUAGUAUUUCUUGCAUUUUAAGUUCUGCAAACCGUUGGCGAAUAUUUUCGCAAUAUGGUCAGGCAGUGGAAGGUUGUCGCCCUUUUAUCAUCCUCCUGGGGGGGAUCUCUUGUUUCGAGUAUUAUGAGCAUUUAUUGAACCCAUACUUUGUCUUUAGAGAGCGUAGUAUUGUCAUACUGCCGCUUUUAUAUAAUCACCCGUUCUGUUAUUUUUCCUUAGUUA